AUGCUACUAACAGCAGACAGCAAGAUCUUGGAUACACAAUGUCGAGUGUAUAAACGAUGGGUGAACAGUCAGUUGAAACAGAAUGUAAACGGUCGCGAGGUUGCAGAAGCGGUGGACGUCUUUCGCGAUCCCGAAGCCCUCCUCAUCCUGGCUCAGGAACUGGCCAAUCGAAAGACGUCGACGAGGAAUUUUAGACCAUCGGAUGGAAUCUCCACACUGGAGAACGCAAUCUCCCUUAUUGAGCGUCUCUACGGUCACGAUGUUGCAGCAGCUAUUCAACUAGCCUGCGACAUUUACCAACGUACAGACAGUGAUCCAUCCUCUGCCUCGUCGUCGUUCAUACAGCUAACCUUGGGCUUGGACGCGCUCUGGAUUCUAGCUGUUGCAGCUGGAACUGGAACUGGUCCCAUCGAAGAUGCCCAAGAAGCUGGUGGAACAGUUCGGGGUUCAGUGGGCUCCUCAACUUCUACACUAAUUGGUCAACGCAGUAAGCGAAGUAGCGUGAGCAGUGUUCCCCCCGAGGGGGAGAUUUCUUCAAUACGGACACCCCUUCUGGAUCGAUGGCUUACUCGACAAGAUGAGCGCCUAUUGGCUUGGUGCCAAGAUGUCACCCAAUCACCAGAAUUGUUCAACUACCGUCUCCGCUUGGAGAAACCGCCAAUGCAGAAUUUGGGUCUGGCAUUUCAUCUUAUGACAAAGGAGUUUGCGGUGGCGCGGCUGCUUGAACCGGAGGAUCUACUCUCCAAUGAUGCUGUGGAUGCAAGAUCGAUUGCCGUCUACUUGAUUGAAUUACGUUCAGCGGUUGAAUGUGACCGACGACGGAGGAAUAAACCCACAUUUGAAAUACGCACCGCCACUAUGGAGAAUCAGACUCAAUCAAGUCAGCCAAGUGAACCAGAUGCCGGCGUCACUGUCACCGUGGUGACUACGUCGUCGAGGAGUUCAUCACCAACUGCUUCAGAAUUGACUUUCUGCUCAGAAGAGGCCAGUGAAUCCGACAAUAUUAGUCACUUGGAGGACACACAAAUGAAUUUGGCGGAGUUUCAACACCAGGCUGAACGCAAUCUCGCCUGGAUGCUGUCAAUGGAGGAGCGAUUGAGUGACAACUGCGUCGACCUAAAAGCAUUUAUAGAAGAUGACAAGAUGGACGAGAGGGCAAUGUUUCUAGACAGCGUAGCAGUAGCCGAAAAAGCUGAUUUGAUUGCCCUAGAAAAGUCACCGCUUGAUGAUGUCAGGUCAUUGAAUGAGGCAAUUGUCAUUCGAUUGACGGAGGCAAGGGAACGCUUCAAUGCACACGAGGAUUUGACUGCCCAUUUAGCAAAGCACGAACCAGUAUUUCGGCGUUGUUUACGCUAUGGGCAGCGACUUGCUAAUUUAACUGAACACGUACAAAGUAUCUCCAACACAACUCCAUCCUCCACAACUGGCGAUGACUCCGACAGUGAGCGCCAGCUCAUUGAGCACCUUCAAGCAGUACAGCCUGAUGAGGUAAUGAAAAUGCUUAAUCUUCUUCAAAAUCGAUGGGAAAAUCUGAACAAAGCUGCUGCAGCUGGAAAUCGCUUCCUCGCUGGUUGUCUUCUCAAUCGUCAGGAGGCCGUGCUGAGUGCUGUUGAGGUACAGCUAAGAAAGCUUGAGUGGGAAAGGGAUAGGCAAGCAACAGAGCGCUUUGGAACAACUGUGCAAGAGCUAAAGUCCCAACUAAUAGCCAACCGUAGGCUGGAAAAUCAUCUCGAAUCCGGUGAAAAAUUGGCUCAACACAUGCAAGACAUUGUCAUUUUGGUGCCCUCCGAAACACCAAACGCACGAGACGCCGAUCUGGAGGGACGAAUAGCUACUUUGGCCACACAGUGGAGCCGACUCGUGGAAUGGGUACACACGCAUUACGCACAGCUGCAAAAUGCUCUUCUUCACUGGCGGCAUUUUGAAGAAGAAGCUGAUUUCCUAGCGGAGUGGCUAAGCCAACUAGAAAGAGAAGCACGUGAAGUGGAGGGUCAGAAAACUCGAGAAAUUGAACAGAGAAUGGCAAAAAAAGGGGAAAUUGCUGGCAGGAGAGUGUCAGAAACGGAAGAGGAGGUAACCCAGGAGGCACGGCAAGUUAGUGAGGCCGUCUCUGACGCUGUUGCGGCCUGUCUUUCUCGCUACGAGACGCGGUGGGCUCAACUAUUGGCGAGUUUGGAUAGACGCGCAAGUGCCGUGCGUGAGGCCUGUGGUGACUCUAUUGAGAUUCAACACGCUGUUGAAUCACACGUGGACGCUCUGGUAUCACGGUGGAGUCAACUUACCGAACCCCAACUGGACGUGGAGGAGAACUCGCCCAUCACUACUCCAAAGUUUGCUGUUCCCAUGAUGCAAAAGUCGGAAGAAGUUAGGCUACGUGAAGUCCGUUCCACCUCCGACGCGGCAAAACGACCGGCUGACAGUGCUCCAAACUCGGCUCCGGAAAAACGUGUCAGUUUAGAAUCUGGCCGACUUUCGCUUAUACCGACAGGAUAUCGUGCUGAUUUUGAGAGUCGAGCAGAGAAAUUGUUGAAAUGGCUGGAUGCACAAAUAGACUCACUUGAGUUGGUCACGAUGAAGGCCUCUGAUGAGCAGCGAGACGCCAAGGGGAAGAAAGCUAGUCAGACUUCUGACACACCAAGUGAUGUUAUCGCACGUGUUGACAAGGGACUUCCAGAUGCCAAAGAGGACAUGGUUGUUGUCAAUUCCCUCGGUGAAAGGUAUAGACGCGACCUUAGUCAAGCCGGUGAAAAUGUUGACGAGUUGGAUCAACUCUUCGAAGACAUUGAGGAAAGAUGGGGACUGCUUGAUCAACUCUACAAAAAGGCGACAUUACAAGCCGCAGAGAAGACGGUGGUUACAAAAUCCGAGCCCUUUAAUGAAGCUGCUCCGCAGAAGACACCUCUUUCCUCCGCUCAUCCUCCCCUGCCGGAGAGAAGUCAACAAAACAUUUGUAGAUCUAUGGAAUCCUUCAGACAGUGGCUUGCAUCAGCUAAGAAUGAAGCUACUUGUUCCAUCAAUUGUUCAGAUGGCAAUAACCUCGACGAACUCAUCUCCAAUUUCACGCAAGUAGUUCAACUACAACCGAGAGCAGCUAUUGUGGAGCAAUUUCUAGCCACUCUAAAGAAAUCGGAGGCCCAAGAACUGACGGAAGAAUGGCAGGAGGUUCGCCAUCUAAUCAGUGAAAGAGUUCCGGUGCUGCAAAAUCUCUGCGAGAACCAUGACCUGUUCAUUAAUCAAAUUGAACGAUUUGAAAAACUCAUGGGGGAUAUGUUUGAUUACCUCGAUUCGGUGGCUCAGGCCACUAAUGCCCAACCACCAGCAAUUGAAGCCCAAUUGGGUGAGUCUAUAGAGGCCCUCCGUGACAUGGAGAAGAUGCAGCCCACACUCGGUCACCUAGAGGGCAUAGUUGAAGAACUAAAAUGCUUCUUUAGCGAACCCUACAUCAAAAAUUUAAGCGAACGCCUUGGCGAAUUGAAACGCACCUGGAGUCGAGUAAAGGAGUUGACGAAUGAAAAUAUUCUCUUCCUUCGUGGAAAGUUAGAAUCAGCUAUUGCUGCGAAGAAGGCAACAUUGGAGGGGGAAGAAGAGGAGAAAUCAGUGGGGGAGAAGUCCGGUGAUUCAUUUUCCUCACUUCACACUCCGGUGCAGGAAUCACCUAUCACAGUAACUAGUGGAACUGCUCAAAACCGACAACCAGAUACCAUCAUGGUUCGGAUGUUGGACAUGGAUGAGUUGCAGAAGUGGAUCUCUAAAUCCAAGCAUCGGCUAGCGAAGUACGCCACUAUCAAAAAUCAUGACGAGAUGGACGAAUUCGCAAGUUUUUUAGAGGCAUUUGAAAAAGAGCUGACCUCUAAACGACCAAUGAUUGCGGCCAUUCGAAAUGGCGAGGUAACAGCUGCCACAGGUCAACCAGUGUCUGAGAAGACCGCUCUCCUUUUCUCUGGCCACUUUGCUGAUUUGGAGUCGGAGUAUGCUGCCGGACAGGAAAGACUCAAAUCAGCAACCUAUCACUUCAACGACUUCAAGUCUCUGAUGUCCUACGAAAAACACUGGCUGGAGCGGAUCGAAUCCAUGGUACGCAAAUCGAAGCAGCAGGUGUUUGUGGACAUUGGUGACAUCUGUGAUGACAUAAUGGCCUUUGAAAAUUUGAAGUCAGAACAUUCGGAAGACGAUUUUGCCCGUUUAAAGAAGAUUGUGGAGCUCCUCUCUUCCGAGGGAAUUAUGUCCCAGCAGCUGAACGCGGAGUUCGAAGCCUAUGCCAUUGGCGUCACAAAUGCUCUCAAGCAGGUAGUUAUUUGA